UGGACAUAAAUCAACCGCGGGCAAGGCACAUCCUCUCGGAGGAGUAUAUAAGGCAAGGAAUGGCCGUCUGUCUUCACUGGCAAGUCAUCGAAGAAGGAUCUAAUCCUACAACCAAAGCCAGAGCAUGAUCAUAGCUAUAGCUUUAUUCGCACUGUUGGUGUCUACCAACACGUGCUCAGCAGCAGUUAAAGGAGGAAGGAUUUUCCAGCAGCCUGCAGUUCUUCAGGAUGUUGCUCAACCUCAUGUUCACUUAGGAAAAGGCGGUGGAGGAGGAGCUGUACACCACACAGCCGUUGUAAAUGAUCCGAUUUCAGGACCAGUCGUUGUAGAAAAGGUAUCAAGAGUUGGCGGCAUCAAAGGCGCUGGCUUAGGUGCAGAUUCAGCCCAAAUUACACUUUCCGAUGGACCUUUUGGACGACGCUUAUACCGUGUUGGACCAGCAUCCUAUCCAUUCGGACUUACAGGAUUAGAUUAUUACUCUUAUCCCAACUCUUUGCUUACUGCCCCAAGACUUCUCCGACGCAAAACCGUUGGCGCCCCUAAUCUGUCUGGUUUGAGGCCCAUUGGACUGAGCUCUGGCCUGAAGGGAGGAAUCAUUGCGGAUCCUACUACAUCUCAAUUUUCAAUUGGUGACGCUCAAGUUAAAACUGCUGUAUUUGGCAACAGAAAUCUAUAUCGAUCUGGACUAUCUGCCAUUCCAUAUGGACUGACUGGAUUAGAUUAUUAUUCUUACCCAAACAAUCUGCUCCUUCAAAGAUCAAUUGAUGGUGGAUUUGGACUCAGGCAAACAAAAAUCUUAACUGGCGGAUCAGCUUUCACUGCUGGAGAUUCUCAGGUUAGAGGACCAGUCGUCGUCGCUCAAUCUCCUGUUGCUUCACCACUUGGUCAGGAACAGGUGACCGUAGUUGAAACUGAUCCACUGGGUGGAGCACAAAAAGUAACAACAAUCCAGCAAGCACCACAAGUUAUUCCACAACAAGUUUCUGUCCUUGACGAUGGACUUGCAGGACUUGGAGAAGAAUUCGGUCAGCGAAAAGUUACAACAACCACAAUUACAGAAUCAGCAGAUCCAGUCGCUGCAGCUCUUGGUGACAGACAAAUUACUCAAACAACUGUAACAAAAGGCGGAAGCGGAUUGAGUGGAUUAAGGGGAGGACAAAUUAUUCUUGGUGCAGGACCAGGCUUUGGAGGAUUAAGAAGGGUCAAAACUCGUCCAGUCGUUGCCUCUCAACCAGCUGCUGUUAUUGUUCAAGAAAAUUCUGGCCUCGCCCCAGCAAUCGGAGGAUUUGGACAACGACAAGUUACCGUAACCAAGACUGCCCCAGCUCCAGCUCCUAUUGUACAAGCUCCUGUUGUUGCAGCUGCACCCAGAUUAGUUCAGACUGUUCAGGCUCCAGUAGCACAAGUUCGAGUGGCCCAAGCUCCCAUUAUUUCAGCACCUGUUGCAGCUCCUGCUCCAGUUCAAAUUGUACAAGCACCAGUUCAAAGACAAUUUAUUACCAGAAGACCAGGUGAAAUCUUUUUGUCUCAAGUAGCACGUCCACAAAUAGCUCUUGCAAGACCAGCAGUCGCACCUGUAGCUCCUAUCUUUGGUGGUGGAAACAUCCAGUUUACUCUUGGGGGCAAUCAGAUUAUUGGAGGACCAGUUGCUGCUCCCGCUUCCAGACCAGUAGUUGUUGCUCAGGCUCCUAGACAAGUGGUUGUUUCUCAAGCUCCAGCUUUUGCCGCUCCUAGACCAGUAGUUGUUGCACAGGCUCCUAGACAAGUGGUUGUUUCUCAGGCUCCAGCUUUUGCCGCUCCUAGACCAGUAGUUGUUGCACAGGCUCCUAGACAAGUGGUUGUUUCUCAGGCUCCAGCUUUUGCCGCUCCUAGACAAGUAGUUGUUGCACAGAGACCACAAGUUGUAGCUCAAAGACCUGUAGUAGUUGAACAAAGACCCCAAGUCAUUUCUCAAGUUAAAGGAGGAGUAAUCGGUAACAAUAUUUUUGCCCGAAGAAUUCCUCAAAUGGUAUACGUUGAUGGUGGUAACAGAUUCUUAGGUAUUGAUAUAAUCGGAGGAUAUCGAGUCGGAGAUCCAAGAUACGGUUACGCUCAACUACCUUACAGCGGUGCCGGACGAUUUGCCACACUAGGUAGUUUAAGUCAAACUCAGAUCCCUAUUCAAAGUUCCAUUGAAGCUGGGCCAACACUCUUUGCUCCUGCACCUGCUCCAGUUCUUGCAUCUUUGACCAAAGCACCAGUAUUGUCAGUUUCUUCCCCAGUAGCUAAAACCGUAGCAAGAGCUGCUUCACCACUAGGACUUUCUCCUAUUACCAAAUCAGCUCCAUCAGUCGUAACCCAGGAAGAAGUAGUUGGACCUCUUGGAGAUAGGCAAGUUGUUACCACCGUUACUAAAAGUGAACCAGCUCCAGUUGUUGUGUCAGGUCCUUCAAAAAUAGGAGGUGCAGGUGUUUCUAGUCCUUUUGGUUUCGCUGGAAUCGGUAAAACAUCUCCUGCAAAGACCAUAACUCAGGAAGAAGUAGUUGGACCUCUAGGAGAUAGGCAAGUUGUUACUACAGUCACCGAAUCUGAUUCAAAUCGUCUUGUAGGCUCAAAAAUUGGCGGUGCAGUUGUUUCCAGUCCAUUAGGUUUGACAGCUGUUGGCCAACCUUCAACGAAAACAAUCACCCAAGAAGAAGUAGUAGGCCCACUUGGAGAUCCUCAAGUUGUCACAACAGUAACAAAAACUGAACCUGCAGGCAUUGUAGCUGGUCCAUCUAAAAUCGGAGGUUUUGCAACUGGUGGGCUUGCAGCUAUUGGGAGAGCCCCAGCAAAAACCAUAACUCAAGAAGAAGUUGUUGGACCACUUGGAGAUAGGCAAGUUGUUACCACAGUUACUGAAUCUGAUUCAAAUCGUCUUGUAGGCUCUAAAAUUGGAGGUGCAGUUGUUUCCAGUCCAUUAGGUUUGACAGCAGUAGGCCAACCUUCAACCAAAACGAUCACCCAAGAAGAAGUAGUGGGUCCACUUGGAGAUCCUCAAGUUGUCACAACAGUAACAAAAACUGAACCUGCAAGCAUUGUAGCUGGACCAUCUAAAAUCGGAGGUCUUGCAACUGGAGGACUUGCAGCUAUUGGCCAAGCACCAACUAAAGUAAUUACUCAAGAAGAAGUGGUUGGACCUGCUGGUGACAGACAACUUCUGACAACUGUGACUGAAACUGAUUCAAAUCGUCUCGUAGGUGGUAAGAUUGGAGGUCCAGUCGUUGCAGGCCCAUUAGGUCUUACUGCAGUAGGUCAAACUGCUACCAAGACUAUCACUCAAGAAGAAGUUGUUGGCCCACUGGGAGACUCACAGGUCGUUACUACUGUAACGAAAACUGAGCAGGCCCCCAUUUCUCCAAUCGUGCAACAAGAAGAAGUCUUGAGCCCAAUUUCUGGACUUAGAACCACUAGUCAACUUUCUCAGGAAAUAGCCCAAGAUCCAAUUGAAACAGUUAUUAGUCAAUCCAAAUUGGCAAGUCCCUUGAGCCAAGCUCUUGUGGAUCCUCUCGGAAGUGGACAGACCCAAGUCGCCAUUGACAGCAUUGGCGACCCAUCUACUGUAACGCAAGUAAAGGAAACUACCUUCGCCGAUCCAUUGACAGGAGCCGUCAAUAAGGUAACAGAAGUUUCUAAGACCCCCGUAGCCGACAGUAUUGUGCAACAAAACAUUGCUGACACCGUCGUUCAAGAGAGCAUUUCACCUGCUUUUGGUGGAGGUUUGCGUUUCUCUCCUCGUCUAACAUUUUUAUCUCAACACCCCUAUGACGUGCCUGACACCGGUAUUUUGAGGUCUAUACUUACAAGGCCAGUGGUUCAACAACAGCAAGAGUUGGAGCAGAUUUUAGUGAAAUAAGAAAUGAACUAUGAAACCUCUUAAGUGAUUUUCUAUCACUUAGUACUUCAGGAUGGACAGUCAGUUCUAUGUGAUUUGAAAAAAAAAUUAUUUUUGUCUUGUACAAUUAUGUGUUUUGUUAAGUGUUUUGUGUCAUAAAUGUCAUGCAUGCAUAGCAAUAAAUAAUCUAUUUACCAAAAA